CCACCCCCUCGAUCACUCCGACGCCCACCACCGACCUCCCUCUAACGGCGUCAUCAAAGUUCUCCCACCCGAUUCCGACCCUUCUCUUCCACCGCCCCUGCCCAAACAACUUCCCACCUCCUCCGCCCCGCCCGCCCUUGGCCGCGUUCUGGCUCGUCCCUUUUCCGACGUCCGCUCCUUUUACUCCUUCCGCGGCGAACUGGGUCGUGGCCAAUUUGGUGUUACUUACUUAGUAACACACAAGGAAACGAAACAGGAUUUUGCUUGUAAAUCAAUCGCUACUAGAAAAUUGAUUGAUCAGGACGAUGUUGAAGAUGUUCGUCGUGAGGUUCAGAUUAUGCAUCAUCUUACUGGCCACCCUCACAUUGUUGAACUUAAAGAAGUUCAUGAAGACCGGCAUUAUGUCAAUUUGAUUAUGGAGCUUUGCGCCGGCGGUGAGUUGUUCGAUCGGAUUAUUGCUAAAGGCCACUAUUCUGAAUGCACCGCAGCCUCCCUUUGCCGCCAGAUUGUGACGGUAGUUCAUAAUUGUCACUCCAUGGGAGUUAUGCACAGAGACUUGAAGCCCGAGAACUUCUUGUUUCUCAGUGCUGAUGAGAAUUCACCUCUCAAAGCUACGGAUUUUGGGCUUUCCGUCUUCUUCAAACCAGGUGAUGUUUUUAAAGAUCUAGUUGGAAGUGCAUACUACGUAGCUCCAGAAGUUCUUCGACGAAGAUAUGGUCCUGAGGCGGAUGUUUGGAGUGCUGGUGUCAUACUAUACAUUCUACUCAGUGGAGUUCCUCCUUUCUGGGCAGAGAAUGAUCAAGGUAUUUUUGAUGCUGUUCUUCGGGGACAUAUUGACUUCUCAUCAGAUCCUUGGCCUUCCAUAUCCAGUGGUGCCAAAGAUCUGAUAAGAAAACUCUUGCAUUCUGAUCCUAAAGAGCGAUUAUCCGCCAUUGAAGCCCUAAAUCAUCCAUGGAUGAAAGAAGAUGGGGAAGCUUCUGACAAGCCUCUUGAUAUUGCUGUUUUGACUAGAAUGAAACAGUUUAGAGCAAUGAACAAACUCAAGAAAGUAGCUCUUAAGGUGAUUGCUGAAAAUCUUUCUGAAGAAGAGAUUGUGGGACUAAAGGAGAUGUUCAAGUCGAUGGAUACCGAUAAUAGUGGAACUAUCACUUUUGAGGAGUUAAAGGCCGGUCUUCCUAAGCUGGGUACAAAGCUUUCUGAGUCUGAAGUGAGGCAGCUGAUGGAAGCGGCAGAUGUGGAUGGAAAUGGGUCGAUCGACUACAUCGAGUUCAUUACUGCUACUAUGCACAUGAACAGAGUAGAAAGAGAGGAUCACUUAUUUAAAGCUUUUGAGUACUUUGACAAAGACAAGAGCGGAUAUAUCACAAUGGAGGAGUUGGAGACUGCCCUUAAGAAGUACAAUAUGGGUGAUGAAACAACAAUAAAGGAGAUCAUUGCAGAAGUUGACACUGAUAAUGACGGACGCAUAAACUACGAUGAAUUCGUUGCAAUGAUGAGGAAAGGCAAUCAGGAAUUGACGACAACCAGACGGCAAAAAUGAAGCUGAGUUCCUCUAUAUAUUGUCUGCUUGAUUUUAUGUGCUUCUUUGGCUGUUUCUUUGUUCAAUUUGAGUUGAGCCACCUGAAGAGAGAGAGAUUGGAUGUUCUGGUUGCCUCAUGAUUCCAUCCAAAUGGCUGCACUCAAACAGGAAAAAUGAGCUUUCCUUUGCCCCGAUAUACUAAAAAUUUCAACUAUUCUGACCUUGUUGUUAUCUGUUUGAUUAUUGGUUAUAAAUUGAGUGUAUUUAUAGAAGAUAAUGUUUUUGAGAGUGUGGAAAUGUAUUCGUUUGUCUGUAAUCCACCAAAUGACCAGAAAUAAAUAUGAUGCUUUGUAAAGUU